CUAUUUUACCGGAAGUGUUUCUCCGGAAAUGUUUCCAAUUUCGUGAUUUUCAUGAUUUUCUCUUUUUGCGAUAUUAGUCCUAUUUUGGUGAUGAUGAAGUAAUGGCAAGCAAAAUAUCGAGGUGUGCCCAUGUUUCCAGCAUCGGACGAAUAUCAUGGGAGGAAAUUAAGAAAGCACAAACGACUGAGCAUUGUGAUAGUUGUGAGUCCAAAGAAAAGAACUUGUGGUUGUGUCUGAUUGGCAGCUGUUCCUAUAUUGGAUGUGGGGAGUCUGGAAAGGACCACAGCUCACAGCAUGCUGAGAGCCAUAGUCACUGCCUGUCCAUCAACUUAUCCACACUCCGUAUCUGGUGUUAUCGCUGCGAGAGUGAAGUGUUCCAUGACAAAAACAGCCCUGCAUUCAUGAUUCCAGACAAGCCCUCUACAUUGGAGGAAGAAAUGGACGUCCAAGGGGAGAUAACUGCAGAAAACUCUCCUCACCACAGUGUGUUUGGUUUCGAAGACAGUGAGUCAGAACCAGAUGAAGACAUUGGCAUGCACAAUGUUAAACCUAAAGGAUUGACGGGGCUGCAGAAUCUUGGGAACACGUGCUACCUUAAUGCUGCCUUACAAGCACUCUCAAAUUGCCCCCCACUGACAAGAUAUUUUCUUGACUGCCCGGGAUUUGUCCAUCCAGAUAAGUCGCCCCGCAUUAGUACCAGCUAUAUGAAGCUGAUGAAUGAAAUCUGGCAUAGAAAAAGGCCAAGUUACAUGGUACCCAGCAGUGUUGUGAGCGGUAUCAAACUGGUCCACCCCAUGUUCAGGGGAUAUGCUCAACAGGAUACUCAAGAAUUCUUGAGAUGUUUCAUGGACCAGUUACAUGAAGAACUAAAGCAGCCAAUCAAAGAUAACCAUGAGGAUAGGGAGGAGGAGUCAAAUAUUCAUGAGCAUAAAAGCUCACCGGUGAUUGGUCAGAUAAAAAAAGAUGGACAGAUCCCAAUGGAUACUAGCAGCACGAGCAGCCAAUCAGAUUGUGACUAUGAGACAUGUGACUCUGCAUUAGGAAGUGAGAAGGAUUCUGUUAGUCAGAAUGGAUUUAGUGACGAGGAUCAAGGAAAUGAACUGGCUCAUCUUAAUAUUUCAUCAAACUCUCGUGAAUUAAGAUCGCAGAAGAAAACAAGCAAUUCGUUCAGCUCAGAAAGUGGGAUCAGCAGAUCAGAUGAUUUUUCUAACAGGACUUCUAAGCUUAAAGAAAAGAAAGACCAUGCCAAUAGGUCAAUACGUAGUGCAGAAAAUGUUAGCAUUGGUAAUGAUGAUCAGAGGAGUGAUUCUGGGGAAUUUGUAGACGCUGAAUCGGAGCCUGCAAGAGGGCGUGUUCGUGGUAGGAGAAGAGUGUCAGGGUCAUCAGAGAGAGGAGAGGGGCUGGGCAAUAGGUCAAAGGCUAGGCAAAAAUCAGGUUCAAGCUACACUACUCAUUCAGGACCGGGGAAGAAUGUGCAAUACCGGAGUGUGAUAUCAGACAUCUUUGAUGGCAAACUGAACAGCUCAGUGCAGUGUCUUACUUGUGAAAGGGUUUCAACAACUAAGGAGACAUUUCAAGACUUAUCCUUGCCCAUUCCAUCCAAGGAUCAUGUUCAUAUGCUUCAUGCAUCAACCAGUCAUGUUGCCGGGCAGAAACUGAAGGCAUGUAGUGAGGUCCACCAGAGCUGGCUACAUUGGAUGUAUGGCUACUUGAGAAGUUGGUUUAUGGGCCCAAUGGUGAACCUUCAAGACUGCCUCGCAGCAUUCUUUUCAGCAGAUGAACUCAAGGGGGAUAACAUGUACAGCUGUGAGAAGUGUAAAAAACUUAGGAAUGGCUUGAAGUACUCCAAGGUUUUGGAAUUGCCAGAGGUGCUCUGUAUUCACCUGAAGCGAUUCCGCCACGAGUUUUACUCCUCCAAAAUCAGCACCUAUGUCUCAUUUCCCCUAACCAACUUGGAUAUGAAACCUUACCUACACAAAGAUCACACCAGUCAAGUCACUGUCUAUGACCUGGUGGCUGUCAUAUGUCACCAUGGAACAGCAGGAGGGGGUCACUACACAGCAUACUGUCAGAAUGUGUUCACGGAGCUGUGGUACGAGUUUGAUGAUCAAUAUGUGACUGAAGUAGACGUGAGUCAGGUAGUCAACUGUGAGGCUUAUGUCCUCUUCUACAGGAAGCGCAAUGACCACAUGCACAGUGUUCGCCAAGAGGCCAUGGACCUCAUGAAUAAUCGAGAGCCAAGCCUGAUGCAUUUCUUCGUUUCCAAGCAGUGGAUAAACAGAUUUAACACCUUUGCAGAACCAGGACCUAUAACAAAUGAUGAUUUCCUUUGUCCACAUGGAGGAGUUCCACCACAGAGAUUAGAGUUUAUCGGAGACCUUGUGGAGCCUCUUUCGCAAUCCAUGUGGGAGUAUCUGCAUGAUAGAUUUGGAGGAGGUCCCGCCUGCAAUCACCUGUUUCCAUGUGGACAGUGUCAUAAACAGCUGGAGAUGUUGAGAAACAGGCAGAAAAAAGAGCUAGACGAAUUUAUUAAGCCAAGGGUGCCGAGAAAUAGGCAGAAAACUGAGCUGAAGAAGUUCAUUCAGUUGAAUGAGCGGUUUAAGGAAGAAGACAACCCCAGUGUUAUCUACGCCAUCUCCAUGACCUGGUUUAAGGAAUGGGAAAACUUUGUCAGGGAAAAAGAAGAUCAACCCCCAGACAGUAUCGACAACAAGCGGAUCAGCGUUGUGAAAAAUGGCCAACUUGUUGUUCGGCACAAUUCAGACCAUGGUCAAUUGUCAGGUGAAAUGUGGGAGUUUCUCUACAAUAUCUACGGUGGGGGCCCCGAACUUAUCAUAAAACAAGUUACGCCCCCUCCUGUUGCCGCACAUAGCAAAACUUUAGCCGAACAAGCAAUGAGCGCUCAUGCGAAUAGGUCAGAAAAUGCCAACACCGAAAGAGGGGAUACCAGUAGUAGGUCAGGUGAUACUAGGCAAAGUGGAAAAGGAGAGUUAAGCAAUGAGUCUGUUGAGAGAGUGAAAGACCUUGACGGAGGGAGUAGUGACCUUGGAGAAAGGUCAACUGAGGUUGAGGAGACACAGGCAUGUUUGCAGAAAGAGGAUAGUGAAAGGAUAGAGGAUGAUAUGGAUACAGAAACAGCUAGACUUACUUAUGAUAAUCAGGAAAUGGAAGUCUUCAUAACUGACAAGGAAAACAGUUGCUAAAGAUACCUUGUGAAAUAUUGUUACUUAUUCAAGAACAGAAAUAUUUAUACUUAUUCAAGAACAGGAAUUCUUGUCAAUAUGUGAGAAAAUGGUUUAAUGAUUGAGACGUUAAUGUACAUGUCACGUACAUGUACCCUGAUGUAAAUCAAUAUUUCAUUGUAAAGCUAUGUUACUUCAUGUACCGGUAAUUGAAAUGAAGAUAUUUAUGUUGUAACAUUUACCAUGCAAGAAGAUGAACCAUUGUGAGAUAUAUAUCUUGUGUAUUAUGAAACAGCGAUAUUGACUUAUGAUUUUGAAGAUAAGAUUGUUCAUGUAAAACAAAUUGAACUUCCAAUUUGUAGACAUAUACUUACAAAUUUUGUUCCUUUUUAAUUCUUGCUUUAAUUUUGAAUAAUUUGGUUUCCUUCUUAGAAAUUAUUAUUAUAUUGUUCUUUUGUUGUUGAUGAUGUAUAAAGAAAUACUACAAUGGAUAUUUGUUUUAUGUCAAAAUUUGUUUCAUGUCAAAAUAAGACAAAAAAUGUAUGUGCACAGCAUCCUGUGGACCGAUUUAUUGUGUGUGUUUAAGUAUAAUUGCCUAGUUGAACUGGAUUUAAGAAUAUAGGAACAACUUUUAUAAAUAUGAGUGUCAGAUUAAAAGAGUAUUUAAGAAUACAUGAAAAACAGUGUGUAAUAGUAUAGCUGCAUUGUAGUACGAUACAUUCUCAUCCUGUGAAGUGUAGUGACACUAAUGUGUGUGUUGUUGAUGUUUAACUAUAUCAAACAUACUACAGUUCUUCCAAGAUUUGGGGAAUGAUUGGGGUAUGUUCAUGCAUAAUAAUAUCGUGAUAUGAUACGAGUCAUAAGUACUUUUGUAAUGUUGUCAUUCCAGAUUUCUUCUUAUUUGCUGCUAGUCAGAUUAAUAUGUGUACACACCAAAUAACUCUGAACAGACUGUAGUAUUUGUGUUCAUUAAUGCUUGGUAAUGCAGUUUUGAACCCGAGAGUGCUAUUAUCACGAAUCCUAGGAGAGGUUACGUACAUCGGAAAGAUAUUUGACAAUACAGGGAUGAUAAAAUUCAGAAAUCAGGAUUGAAAGUUUUCCGACUUUUGCGCAUUUGUAAUUAUUUUUUGCUGGACAUUUGCAUUUUGAACAGGCUGAAGCUUAGAAAAAUAUUACACCAGGGGUCUAAGCCUAUUAAAUCUGCUUGUGGUCUCAAGAAGGGCCGCACUUUGAGAUUAUCCCACAGGUAUGAAACAGCUGUUUGCACUGUCUUUGGUACAUGAUCGCUGUUUGCACUGUUAGUCUUGGGUACAUAACCGCUUCAUGGAUUCUAGAAUUUUCUACAAUUUAUUGUAUGUGUUGACCGUUACAUUGAUAAUACAUACGUUACCUGAUGAAGGUAGAUCAGGGUUUCAUUUAUUUUCUUGUUUCAAGAUUUAUUUCACAUCUGUUUCAUGUUGAAAACGCACAUUUAUUUGCAUUUUUAUUUGAGAAAUCCAUGAUACUCCCCUUGAGUAAGUAAAUACAUUACAAGGAUAAUAAAGUGACAUGCAAAGCAACCUUAUACAUGUGUAUGUAUAUGUAAUUUUUAUGAGUUUGUAUAGCAAGGAACUGUAUGAUGUAUACACCCUGGGUUUUGACAAACUAUACCUAAGCCACACUAAAUCGUUAUGUAAGUGGUCUUUACCGCACACAUUUUUACAGAAAAUGCAAGAAAGUAAAAAAACAUUCAAGUGGCCAUUCCAAUUUUACAACAAAAUGGUAAUAUAAAGAAUUGUCAGUCUGAAUGAUUGCUGUGUUUUGAUACUUGUAAAAGCCAAAAUUGGGUUCCUCCUGCUGGAGUACUUGCUUUAAAAUUAGACUUACAGGGGAGAAUCAAGUUACUUUUGUUGAGCACUUGUUCAUUUUUAUUAUAUUGUUCUUUAUAUAUCACCCUUAUUAUGCUGUUUUUAGAGUAAACAUAAUUUUUGUUUUGAUUUUGAUUUCCACUCCCAUCUUUUUAUUUUGCCAAAAUUUAUUUAAAAAAUUAUGUUUUAGGCUCACCGAUGAGUAGUUUUUCCAUACCCAACAUGUAGGUUUGAAUAGAACUUGUGAUAAAUUGCAGUCUGUGUUUGCAAAGUUGUAUGAUGUAGAGAUAAAUGUUAUCGAAAUCCCAGGAGUUCAUCUGAUAAAUGAAUGUACAUACUUUGACUUAGCAAUACCACACAUUUUUUACAUAGUUUGAAUUGUCCUCUUUUUUACACUUUCAUUAUAAGAAACAGAAAGUCAUGAGAAUAUUCAAAUUACUGACAGAAAAAAUAACUUCAUAAGCAUUCUCUGAUUUAUUAUUUAACCUCCAAAAAGUAUAAGCCAGUCUCUGAGAAAACCAGGAAUUGUGACAUUAAGUUAUAGGAUAUCAAUUAUGCUAUUAAGCUGCACUCUCACAGAUUGAAAGUUUGGACGUAUUUUUUAGAUUUGUCUCAGAAUCAGUUCCUUAGUUUCAAUACAGUUAUUUAAGUUAACUCACAAUAGAACAGAUAUCAAUUGUUCGGAAAACAAAUUUCAGAGGGACAAAGGAUUUGUCUUUGUUUGUAUCAAGUUUCCAGAAGUUAGUUGAUACUUCAGGUAUUCAAAGAGACUGGCUUUUAUGUAUUAUUCCCUUACAGCUUUUAGACUUGUCCUCAUGUGAGAUGUGUUCUUGUAUGCUCAAACUGAAAAUUUUGUUUUGUUAGGCCAUACCAAAUUGUUUCUAGGUUUAGUGUCAGAUUUUCAAAUUCAAAACUACCCUUCCAUGAACGAAAAAAAUGUCCAAAAGAAAUAUGCAUAUUAUUCUUAUUAAAACUUCUUUGAGAAUUAUACGGCAAAACAUACUCUCAGAAAAGCUAUUCGGGACCGUGGAACUCGGACACAACUAUGCACUUGCAGGUUCUUAAAUACCAACAGUAAUUCUUUAGUAUGUUUUUUUAUCAUGCACAUACAAAUACUGUAAAUUUUAUACUGUAUUAUACUAUCAUAUAAAGUUUAAUAUAUUUCUUUGACAUAUUUUGGUUUUUGAGAACUGUUGCUUGUUCAGUUUUGAAAGCUCAAAACCUUAUAACCAGAUUGCGCCAUAGAUGGAAGCAAUUCGGCAUGGUCUAUCUAAUCACCAUAGUAAUGCUUCUGUAUCAGAACUUACCGAAAUUGCACCAUGUUUUAUUUAAGCCAUUGUCACCCUUACUUCUUGUUAUUGUAAAAUAAAAAUCCCAAAUGAA